CCAUUUCUUAAAAUGCAUGGUAUAUUUUUGUAGGCAGCGGUCGCACUGUCAAACAGCUGAUUCUUCAGCCUAGCGAGUUUUGUUUUUAUUUCUACAAGGUUAAUUUCUUAUCAAUUCAUGCUAAGACGCACAAUGGCGGAAUUUGACGUGAAAGCCGGCCUGCAGCACGUGUUGAAAAGAAUUGACGAGGUGCUCCUGCAGCGUCCCAAGGUGAGAUCGGCCUUUUACUUAUCUAGUUUAUGGCUCUCUGUAUGGAAACCCUUAUCUUUUCUGCAGGAAAUUCAAGCUGCAAAGCCUCUUCUUGUGGCAGUCAGUAAAACAAAGCCAGCGGAAGCCGUAAUCGAGGCCUACGAAGCUGGACAAAGAGAUUUCGGAGAGAACUACGUGCAGGAACUGGAGGAGAAGAGCCGGCAUCCUGACAUUCUGGCCAAGUGCCCUGACAUUAGGUGGCACUUUAUAGGUCACAUGCAAAGCAACAAAAUCAACAAGGUUUUAUCCGUUAAGAACCUGCGGAUGAUCCAGACCGUAGACAGUGAGAAGCUGGCAACCAAAUUGGACGCAGCCUGGUCGAAAUUACAACCUGCUCCUACGGAUCCGCUGGAGGUACUCAUUCAGAUCAAUACCAGUGGCGAAGAUGUCAAGAGCGGAAUCGAACCCAAGGAUGCUCCUGGGCUUUACCAGUUCAUCAGGAGUAACCUGAAACAUCUUAACCUUAGGGGCAUAAUGACGAUCGGUGCUUUUGGCUUCGACUACAGCAAUGGGCCCAAUCCGGAUUUUGUAUCCCUUAUGAAAGUGCAUAAUUCUAUCUGUGAGGCGCACUCUUUGGCUUCAGAUUCGGUGCUAGUGUCUAUGGGAAUGUCCAACGACUUCGACAAGGCGAUCGAAAUGGGCAGCACAGUGGUUCGCGUUGGCUCUUCUAUUUUCGGCCAUCGGGCGGCCAAAGCCUGAAGAGCGAAGAUGUGUUAGGAAUGCGUUGCGGGCACUGAAUACAGUUGAUUCCCAAUGACGUCCGACCUCCCAAUUGAGCAGCCUCCAAGUUCGCCUAUGUAUCAGGUGGAACUGUGUAUAUCUAGUAAAUCGUUAAAGAUGAUUCGGCGUUUAAAUUUAGAAUACUAUGAGAUAAACAAAUGUUAUGUGUAGGCUGUUGUUUCUCUAUUUGAUUGUUAACCUCUCCAUAAACAAUACUUCCAAAGUGUCAAAUCAUUAAUAUUCCCAGAUACCUUCCGCACCUUGGAAAAUUGAAUACAUUUGCCGCAGUUUUCAUUAAUUUGAACAUUCCUUUGACUGCGUCUUGCUCGUUUUUUGCACAUUGUUCUAUUUAUAUUUUCGCAAUACAUUCAAUGCUACAUUGCGUA